UAAGAAUGUUACAAAGACAAAUGAGGAAAGUUUAGAUCAAUUAACGAUGUUGACUAAUCAACAACAAUUGAGUUUUCUUCAUUGGCCAUCUAAUAAUCUUAAUCAUAGCAACAACAAUAAUAACAAUAAUAAUAGUCAGUAUUCAAAACUAACAAAAUCUCCAUCAUCAAUUAAUUAUUCAAAUGAUAAUAAUCGAUUAUUAGAGAGUUAUUUAAAUCAAACUAUUGGUUCAUCAUUACUGGCAGCAGAAACCAAUACAGAUCGGAUACAAUCACGAAGAAGUUUUGCUAAAGUUCCCGAAGGUAAAGAUUCAUUUAUUAGUAAUCAUAAUAAAUUGUGA